GCAUACCCCCACCUCCAGUGGUUCUACGGGGCCCUGGGCAUGGCCAUCAUUGGUGCCAGCUCCUGCCUGGUGCCGGCCUGCAGGAAUUUCGGGCAGGUCACCAUUCCCCUCUGCGGCAUCUGCUUUGGCAUCGCCCUGGUGGACACGGCCCUGCUGCCCACCCUGCGCCACGUCUCUGUCUACGGCAGCGUCUACGCCAUCGCAGACAUCUCCUACUCUGUGGCGUAUGCCCUGGGGCCCAUUGUGGCCGGCCAGAUUGUGCACACCAUGGGCUUCACACAGCUCAACCUGGGCAUGGGGCUCGCCAACGUGCUUUACGCCCCUGUCCUCCUCUUCCUGAAAAACGUCUGUCAAAUGAAACCCUCACACUCCGAGAGGAACAUCCUCCUUGAAGAAGGACCUAAGGGACUUUAUGACACCAUCAAAAUGGAGGAGCGUAAAGGCAUGGGCAAAAGCCUCCGGCCAGCAGGCGAGACAGAGGAGAAUGGCAUGGACUCCUACCGCAGAGACCUGACAGGGGUGUCCGAGGAGGACUCCUCAGACUAUGAGUACAGUUAG